UCGGAGUCAUUGGUCACGUGGUUCGAGUUAACAUGGAGCACAAUGGCUGAUGAAAGUGAACAAGUAGAUUUUAAUAAUAAAAAAGAUAAUUCCUCAAGUAAACCAAAAAGUUCAUUGGAAAAAAAUUCCAAUUAUUUAAUCAAAAAACGAAAUCCUUUGAGUAGUGGUCGUAAAAAAAAUGACGUUUAUGUCUCUAAUCAAUCGAGCUUCACAGCUCAAUUAAAAAAAUGUGAAAAACUUCUUGACUCCGGAGAAUCUGAAAUAUUUAUUCAUGGUCUUGGAGCAGCAAUAAGUAAAGCUUGUACUUUAGCAUUACAAUUACAAAGUAAUCACCACCAAACUGUUGAUUUAGACAUUGAAACUUCAACUGUAGGAUUAACAGAUGACAUUAUACCACUUACUGAUGAUGACGAUUAUUCGAUAAACAAAAGGCAAAAUUCUGCAAUACACAUCCGAGUGUUUAAAGUUGUUAAUUUUGGUUCACUCAGAUAUGCUAAGGAAACAAAAAAGUAACUUAUAAUUUUUUACUUCUGA